AUGCAAUGGAUUCCUAUAAUGGUCGAGCAAGCAGAUCAUGUCUUUGUAUUUCAACGAACGCCAAAUUUCAGCAUUCCAUCUCGCAAUGGACCCCUUGAAGCCGAAUACGAACAAUGGUGGAAAUCGAAUUAUGCUGAGUAUCGACGACAGAUCUUAGAAACGCGCUCGGGAUACAUGCCCAAAAACAGCAAGAAUAUCUCAGCAAUGGAUGUUACGCCGGAGGAACGACAAGCUGAAUUCGAGAAAAGUUGGCAAAUUGGCGGUCUUUCUUUUCAAGGAACCUUCAAUGAUCUCUUCUUCAACAAAGAAUCUAACAAUGAAGCAGCUGAAUUUGUACGCAACAAGAUCCGUGAAACUGUCAAAAAUCCUGAAGUGGUCGAAGCUUUAGUUCCACAGAAUUAUCCAUUUGCUACCAAGCGUCUUUGCGUAGACAACAACUACUUCCAGACCUUUAAUCGUGACAAUGUGACACUUGUUGAUCUUCGAAAUGGAUCAAUUGAUGAAAUAACAUCUAAUGGUAUUCGUAUCCAGGAGAAAACCUACGAAGUGAACGAUAUUGUGUUUGCAACUGGAUUCGAUGCGAUGACUGGAGCUUUGCUGAAAAUUGAUAUACGUGGUCGUUCUGGCAAGACACUCCAAGACAAAUGGGGCGAAGGGCCUCGCACAUACCUCGGUUUGAUGAUGGCCGAUUUUCCGAAUUUAUUCGUUAUUACUGCACCUGGCAGUCCGUCGGUGCUGACCAAUAUGGUUGUUGCUAUCGAGCAACAUGUCGAUUGGAUAACUGAAUGUCUCAAGUUUGUUCGUACGCAUCAUUACGAUACGAUUGAACCGCAGGUAGAGGCAGAAACUGACUGGGUGCUUCAUGUUAACGCAGUCGCCAAUUCAACUCUCUAUCCUCUGGCGAAUUCAUGGUACGUUGGAGCAAAUAUCGAUGGUAAACCUAGGGUUUUUAUGCCGUAUAUAGGCGGUUUCAAUGUAUAUAGACAAAAGUGCCAGGAAAUUGUCAACAAUGGCUAUCAAGGCUUUAAGUUUGUAACAGGCAUUCAUUGA